AAUGAAAGAAGGAAUUGGAUAGAAGCUGUUCUUAUACAAGAUAAAAAAGUUGGUUAUGUACCAAAAAAUUAUAUUACAAAAGACACUGGUACAAUACAAUUAUGGUUUUUUGAUGUUACCAGAUCAGAAUCACAAAAAUUAUUGUUGUUACCAAUAAAUUGUAUAGGAUCAUAUCUUAUUAGACCUUCUUCAGAUGGUAGGAAUUAUGCUUUGUCAUUACUCACUGUAAAUGAAAAAAAAGAAAAAUGUAUUAAGCACUAUUUGAUCGAAAACCAUUUGAAUGGAUGUGUGUUUAUCUCCACUAAAAAGUUUCAAAAUAUUCCACAGCUAAUACAGCAUUUUACAGCUAAUGAUUUGGAUGGUCGAGGCGCCAAAUUGGUUGUGGUUUGUCCCAGAUUAAAGGUGACACACAGAUGUGGUCCUGUAGUAAUAAGCAAGGAUGAAAUAACAGAUCUAGAGAAAAUUGCCUCUGGUCAUUAUGGUCAUGUUUUUAAAGGCAAGUUGAACAAGUGUUUAGAUGUAGCUGUAAAAAUAGUACGAUCAAAUAGAAUCUCACCAGAGGAUUUUGUAAAAGAGGCUGAUAUGUUAAAUAAAUUAAACCAUAGACGUAUUGUUACCCUGUAUAAUAUAUGUAUAAAUGAAAAAUCUGUAUGGAUUGUAACAGAAUUUAUGAAGAAUGGUUCCUUGCGUAAUUUACUGCGCAGCCCAAAAGGCCAAGAACUGAAAAUGCAAGAAUUGUUGAACAUUGGUUCACAGAUAGCAGAAGGUAUGGUUCAUUUGGAAUCUUUAAACAUUAUUCAUCGAGAUUUGAGAGCUGAUAAUGUAUUGGUUGGAGAUAACUAUGAGGUGAAAAUUGCUGACUUUGGAUUAGCAAAAGAAGGAUCUUAUGAAACAGUGAAUUUUAGAACCAAAAUUCCAGUAAGAUGGACAGCACCAGAAGCACUGCUUCAUGGAAAGUUCAGUUUUAAAUCUGAUGUGUGGUCAUUUGGUAUAGUAUGUUAUGAGCUUGUUACAUAUGGACAAGUUCCUUAUCCAGGUGUAAAAAACCCGUCUCUAAUACAAUUAUUUAAAGAUGGUGGUAAAAUGGAGAAACCAAGUCAAUGUGAACAACAAUUUUAUGAUCAGAUCAUAAGUCCUUGUUGGUCCUAUACUCCAGAUGACAGACCAACAUUUGAAAAUCUAUUUUUUAAAUUAGACACUUAUUUUUUAUCUACAGAGAAUCCGUAUCAAUAA